ACUGCCCCUCACAUCUCCCCGCUGUUCCCCAUUCUCCCAUGGUUGCCCCUGCUCUUCAUCCCCUUCAUGGUCGAAUCCGGUCGCGGGAGCAUCCGUCGGAGGCGGACGCGGAGGCGCGGGACUCGCAAGCCCAUGCUCUUCCCUGCUCCUUCCUCGAAUCCGGUCGCCGAAGUGACCGAGGAGGUGCUCGAGCUCGGUACGCUCGCCGGGGACGCCAUCCCUCCCUCUCCUCCUGAUGUCGUCGCCGUCGCUGCAAUGAGUCUCUCCACCAUCUCCCGCGUGCUCGCUUGCUCGUCCCAGUACAGAUUAGUCUCCCUCUCCGACCCCGCCGCCUGCUCUUCGCCUCUUCCCCGUCAAUUUGGUUCAUCGGCAGGUGCAUCACCUCACUGUGUGCAAUAUUCAGUCCCCUAGGAUUAUCUGCUCGGGGGCCAUGGCAUGUCCGCCGCCGUCGCUGCUUCAUGGCUGUGAGGUCGCCGGGAUGUGUUUCGUGUGCUGAUACCUGAUGUCUGCUCUGGGGAGCCGGGCUUCGUCUGCCAAUGUGGCCGGCAAGAUUUCUUCAAGGAGAAGAAGGAGGUCCCGAAAGGGGAUGGGAGCAACAAGUCUGAAUCGAAGGGAUAAGGAAAAUUUGUUUAAUCUCGCGGCUGCGCUUGGCUGUGAUCGCCUUGUCCUCACCGGCAUCGCGGCCGCAUGCCACGUGGACUAUGACUCCGCUGCCAGCAGCGAUUGGUCCUUCGCGUGCCUCUACCUCGUCGUGGCCGAGUCCUCCUCUCCCCAAAUCGACAUCCACCCCUUUGUCAAGCCUGGACAUGAGCAGGAUGGUGUACACGAGCUUCACAGACAUGUGGCCGUGGAGGCUCCGGAUGAGGCCGACGCUGAUGACGACUCGAACAGUUCGUAGAGCCGUACCAGGUAUAGCUACUCUUCCUCUACUCUUACUCGUCAAUCAAUAGCAGGCCAUUCUGUGUGUGGAGGAUGCAGCUCACACGGGUUUGUGGAGGUGAUGGCUCCAGUAUUUACCAAGGAUGUUUGUAGAUGUGUUGGCAUAUGAUCCAGUGCAUAAAUUGAUUGCUUUAGCUGAUCGAAUUAUUUGCAUCUGACGUGUAGCACACAUAUAUAAGGCAGAACAAGUUGUUCCACUCAUGGGUUAUGACUAAAAUAUUUUGGGAAA